AUGAACCAAACGACUAUUUACAAAAUCACUCAAAUGCAACAACAAAUUUCCCAACUCGAACAAAAAAUCGAAUCACAGACUCAAAUACUUAAGGGAUUGAUGCAUUUAUUAGCACCCUCUUUUGCUCAAAGUGAUAGUAAUGAGAUCAACAGUGAAGUUCUUGAAGCAGCUCAACAAGCAAGAGAAGGCGGUGUUGCCAACUCUCUUAAUCUAAACUUGAUGGGCUUCCGAGACAUUCCUAGAGUACUUGAGGAAGCAACAAAAGCAUUCGGCUCUCAUGGAUAA